AUGAAAACUGGAAAAUCAGUCUUUUAUUCUUAUUGUGAAGGAGUUGCUAACAAAGGUCCCAAUGAAGUGGGUACCUUUGUGCUGGAUUACAUUAAAAAUAAUAUUGGCAAUGAUGCCGAAGAGUUGCACCUAUUUUCAGAUGGCUGUGCAGGCCAAAAUCGUAAUCAUGCCAUGAUUCGUAUCCUUUUAUCACUGGCAGCUGAACAAAAUAACAAUAUCAAGAAGAUAGAAUAUUACAUACCCAAAAGAAGUCAUUCAUUUCUGCCAAACAACAGAAUGUUUGGGACAGCAAAGAGACAUAUUCGAAAAAAUGUUAGGCUUUACACUCCAGCCGAGUAUGAAAAUCUUAUAGUUGAAGCUAAUGAAAAAUUUGAAAUAUAA